UGCCUGCUCUGACCAGGGCCCUUCUGGAAUACCUAGUUCUCACCCCUCUGAAAGACAUGGUUACUUAGCAACCAAAGCGUGUGGCAGCACUGCCUGAAUAGGCAGCUUAGAUCUACAGGAGAGCCUAGUGCCACUCUUGCCUAACAUCUUAGGAGUGGCUGUCCAGGGAGCCAUGGAGAGCUGCAGAACCUUUGCUCGCACGAGGUCCAGGGGAGUGGCCUAGGGAGGAAGUGAAGGGGCUGAUGGGCUCACCCUACCCUUAUGACAUUCUGGGGACAGAGAAGGAUGGGGUGCUGCCAAGAGUUGUAUGAGAGGCAGCUGCAUAGUGGCAAGGGGAUCAGGCCCAAGGUACAGCGGGACAGCAUAGAGUGGGCACUGCUGGACCAGGUGCUGCCGUCCACCAAAGACUCGAGCAGGUAACACGUGCAAGGCCAGGGAUGCUUAUUUCGGUUGUGUCGAUACCCCCGGCAGCAGGUGGCCCAAGACCUGAGCCCUCCCCUGGGCCCCCACCACCCUUGCUGCCCAAACCAGGAAAGGACAACCAGAAACUUCAGAAGCUACUGAGAAAGGCUGCUCGGAAGAAGAUGUCGGGGGUGACCGCCACCCCACCUGGGGCCUUCCGUACCUCCCUGUCCCCUGUGAGUGAGGCCAGUCAUGACCUGGAGACCACAGUCCUGUGUCCUGCUCAAGCCCCUCACACAGUGGCCCCUUUACCCCACUCCCCACACACUCCCAUUAUUCACCAUGUGGCAUCACCCCUGCAGAAAUCCACUUUCUCUUUCAGCCUUCCCCAGCAAAGGUCUCUGGCUACUCAUUUCAAGGCACCUUCUAGUCUUGACGCUCCAGCCCCAGAAACUGCCUGCCCCCACAGUGGCUUUGCCCAUGUAUCUGCUCCUACAGCGGGUGGUACCCACAUCACUCAAGUACAUAUCCGGCUGUCACCAUCCUCACAUAUUGGGACUUCUGAGUCCCCCAGAAUGGCCCUGGAUGGAGAUAAAAGCCUGUGUACUUCUAGCACCCAGCCUCUCAUCCCAGUGGCUCAUAUUCGGCCACUGCCUGCUGGGGUACAGACAGUUAGUCCUAGGCCCGAGGAGCCCUCUAUAACAAGGCCACCACCUAGCUUUCAGGCCUCAGUGAACAGAGAAAGUGGCGCUAGGGUGGUGGUGCCCAUAGCCCCUACAUACCGCUCACCUGGACCCUCACCUUAUAGUCCACCUCCUGCAGCUCCUGAAGCAAAACAUGUAGAGGAGCCGCCCACAGCCAGGCCUGCCAUGGAGCCCAGGAAUGUCUCUAGCCUCCCCGGAGCCUCAGGCCCCUCAGACCUCCACCCAUACCCUGUUCCCAAAGUUGCACCUAAGCCCUCCCGUAGUGGCUGGACACGGCUAAAGAAGCAGCUGAUGGAGGAGGCAAAGGAGCCUGCGUUUCCAGAACUGAAGCCGAACCUGGAGCCAAUGCAACCAGAGGUGCCAGCCCCUGUGGUGGGCCUGCAGCCCCCUGCCUCCCGAGCAUCCAGGAUGUGGGAUGCAGUGCUGUACCGCAUGUCACUGGCUGAGUCCCAUAGAGACCACCCUGUGGGGCCUGGAGAUAGGGGCCAUCCUCUGGCCUGCCUCAACCGCCUGCCAUUUCUGUGCCGACCUCGUUUCAAUGCCCGGAAGCUACAGGAGGUGGUCCGGCCCCCUCCUACCUUCCACCCCAUUCUGGAGCUGCAUUCUCGGCCCAAGAAUUUCAACCGGACAGCAGAAGGUUGGAGGCUUCAGUAACAAAACCAGAGUGGCCUCUGGGACUCUGGACUCUGGUGGACAGAGACUGGCUGUGGCUGAGCAUACAGAGCAGAGAGACUUAGCCCUCACAAGUGAACAAGAUGGGUCAGCAGGGUGUAUGACCUUGGUAGCUGAGUGCUAGCUGCUAAGAAGAGCCUAUCGGACAGACACAGAUCAGUUGGUGGGAAGAGAUAUGGCAAAGUGAGAGAAGUGAAUGAAGCUGGGAGCAUGUGGCUGGAGGUGGUUUGGGGUUGUGGAGAGUGUGCACUGGAGAAUGUUCAUGGAUGGUGGGAACCUGGCUUCAGGUCUAGAGACUGUGGGGGGCUCUAGUUCCAGAGAAAGAAGGCUUGGAUGAGGAGUAUUCAGAGGUACAUAGGACUGGGCAAUUGAGAAAGAAUUUUCUGUGGUCCUGUAGAUAUCCCUUCUGGUUUCCUGACAGCAAGGGCUUACUGAUUAAGACUGCACCAAAUGCAUGGUGUAGUGAAAAAAAUCACAGCCAAGUUUCAACAGUUGGGUAAGGGUAGGUCGAGCUAGAGGGCUACAGAGAGGCAGGAUCCAGGAUUAGAGAAAUUCCUAAGAUCUGCCAGACUCUCAUCAGCUGUGAGAGGAGUGAUCCAGAAGAGCCAGGUGUAACAAGACUCAGCAAGGAUUGAGCUGGUAGCCCCACCUGGGAUGUAAUGGGUAUUACAGUUGUAGAUGGAGCCAUGCAAUAAAUGUAUGUAUACGACAUAGAUA